AACAAGGAGUGUAAAUAUUCCUAGAUUCAUAUGAGAUGGGCUCUUUAGAGAGCUUAAAACCUGUUGCAGCAAUGGUUGGGUUGAACUUUGGAUAUGCAAUUAUGAACAUCAUGAUUAGAUCUGCUUUAACUGGUGGUAUGAGUUCUUAUGUUUUUGUAGCUUAUAGGCAACAAGUAGCUGCUAUAAGUCUCACUCCAUUUGCGUUUUUUCUUGAAAGGAAGAAGAGACCUCCUAUGACUCUUCCUGUUUUCUGCCGAAUUUUUAUGAUUUCUUUCAUUGGGGUCUUAAUGAAUCAGAUGUUUUAUGCCAAAGGCUUGUACCUUGCUUCUGCAACAUUGGCUGGUGCAAUGGGAAAUUUGGUACCUGCUGUAACUUUUCUGAUAGCUAUCAUUCUUGGAUUGGAGAAGGUGAACAUGAGAUCUAUACGAGGUGAAGCAAAAUUGUUAGGUACGUUAAUAUGUGUGACUGGAGCAUUGGUUAUGACACUGUACAAGGGUCCAUUAAUAGAAAAGCACCGGCCUAGAAGCUUGCAUGUUUCAACAAUUAAAAAAUACCCAGCUCAGUUAUCCCUCUCUGCUAUGUUUUGCAUCUUUGGGGCAGUGCAGUGUACUGUGGUUGCUUCUAUAAUUGAGCCAGAUUUGAAGACUUGGACUAUAGGAAGUAACAUUGAACUUCUUUCUGUCCUAUUUUCAGGGAUUGUGUGUUCAGGUAUUGGGUUUUGUGUUCAGACAUGGUGUAUUUCCAAAAGGGGCCCUGUGUUUGUGGCAAUGUUCAAUCCAUUGUUGACAGUGAUUGUCGCAGCCAUGGCUACCAUCAUUCUUCAUGAGAAAGUUCAUGCAGGAAGUGUGGGCGGUUCAAUUCUAAUAGUUGGAGGCCUGUAUGCUGUACUCUGGGGCAAAUCAAAAGACAUUGAAUUAAAUGAGGACCAGUUAACCUCAAUGGGGGUAGCAAAAGGCUUAUCAGACUCAAUCCAAGGCACAAAAUCUCCAGACUUGAGUAUUGAUAUCACAGAACCUUUGCUAGAAAAGGAAGCCUCCAAGAUCUGA